AUGUGUAUAGCUGCACAAAGUAUAUACGUGACCAGGGCACCUACCUACCCACCACCGCCAUCGUCUGCUCCCGACCCCCUCUCUCCUCCGACAAUGCUCGUCUUGCAUCCUCACCAUUCACACUACAACAUCGGCAACGAGCAGCAACAUCACCAAUGUCAAGCUGGCCUCCCACAUCGCAGCCAUAGCCAAGAUCACUACGCCCAGGCCCCCUCCCCCGCCCCUCACGAGGUCCAACACCAACACCACAGCUAUCAACACAAAGCCCAGCGCACUCGCUCCAUGCCUCAUCGCGUGUACGCCGACACAACCCUGACGAGGGCCACCUCAGUCGCCUCGACCGCGUCCAGCGCCACGUCCAACACGUCCGUCUCCUACGCCAGCGACCCAUCGGUCGUCCAGGCCCUCGAGAUUGCCCGCGAGAGCCCAGAUGGCGCCUCAGAUCCGACUAUUGGCAAAAUCCUGGACAGCGCCCUCGGGCAAAUAUGGGCCAAGGUCCUGGCGGCCCCCAACACAUACGUUAUGACCCGCGAGGAGUUCUCCGUCUUCAACUACUUCCAGCAUCGCUUCACCAACAACGUGACAGCGGUGCGUGCGCGUGGGCGGUAUUGGGACCAUGCUCGGGGCUGA